AAAAAAAAAAAAAAAUAGUAGAAGAAGAACUUUGCUCACAUAUAAACGAGAAGCCGCCGCUUUCACUGACGCGUACUUGAUUUAUUAAUACUUAUUUGUUAUUAACAGUUUUUAUAAGUAAUAACAACCUUAUUAUAACGGCUCUAUUAAAGCAUGUCGGUUCUCUUUUUGGAAACGUAAGUAAAAGAAAUACUUUCCACACAGACUGUGAAGCGGGACUUGUUGAACUAUGCCCUGUCGUGUCAUCUGCGUUAAACUGCUGCUCUCCGCUGGAAUACUGAUCGAUGUGAUUAAAGGCGAUGAGUUUACUGAAGAAAUUAAGCCUCCAGACUGGAGAAAGACCCUAAAAUCCAUCCGGAACGGGAUCCAUAAAAUAGACAAAUACCUUAAUAUGGCUUUGGAUUUCAUCGGAGGUUCAGACGGACGCUGUAUUUUUAAGUGCAACGACGGGUACACACCGGUUCCUCGUCCCAAAUAUAAAUCACCUCCACCCAACGGAUGCGGCUCCCCUCUGUUUGGAUUUCAGUUUGACAUUGGGAUCCCAUCUAUGACAAGAUGCUGUGAUGAACACGAUCUGUGCUAUGAUACUUGUGGGAGAGAGAAAAAUGACUGUGAUGAGCAGUUCCAAGUCUGUCUGGAGUCCAUCUGUAGUAAUUUACAAAUGACACUGGGCUUGUCCCAGAGUGUUCAAGCCUGUGAAUCAGCAGUGACUUUGCUCUUUGAUACUGUCAUGCACUUGGGAUGUAGACCUUACCUGGAUGGCCAAAGAUCAUCCUGCAUUUGCCACUAUGAAGAGAAGGCUGAUCUGUGAACGGUUUAUAUAUUUAUGUUGAAGUUUGAUUGUGUGUUAUGGUCUCAGGGUACAGCAGAACACAAUACAUUUUUUUUUUUGCUU